CAUAUACGAAACGCCAUCGCAAGAUGGAUACUGCUUUUUGUGGGGUGAAUCCGAUGGUAAUCGUGGGUGCAACGAAAUAUGCACCAUCAUUUACAAUUACCUAAAAAUGUUAGAUGAUAGAGAUAUUAGACAUGUUAUUUUGUACUGCGACAGCUGCGCCGGACAAAAUAAAAAUAGAGCAAUGUUGGUCAUGAUUCACUUAUUUUUGCAAAAAUCAAAAAAUAUUAAAACCAUCAAAAUUGUAUUUCUUUUACCGGGGCACACCUACAUGCCUGUGGAUUCCAUACACGCAGUUAUCGAAAGGUUCAUCAAAAAUAGAAUUAUAUGGGCCCCUUCAGAGUGGAGCACCAUUAUAGGAAAUUGCAGAGUUAACCCGAGGCCAUAUAAAGUUAUAAAGCUUGAGCACUUUGAGUUCAAAAAUUGGAAGAAGCUAGGGGAUGAGCAGCUCGUCCUUACAAAAACAGGGCUAAAAAUGAAUAGUGUAAGACAAGCUUUUUUUCAAAAAGGAUCACCGGAAGUCGCAGUCAAAUAUACCUAUGACAGAAGUCCUGAAUACGAUUUGUGUUUUGAGUUGAACUACAAUAAGGGUGGUCGAAAACGACAAGAAAAGGCCUUUUCUGAACCUGAAAGAAUUUAUAAGCAACUGCUUUCAAUAUCCGAAUUAAAAAGAAGGGAUUUGGAUAAACUUUGCAAAAACAAUGUCAUACCUGCCAGGUUUCACGAUGAAUUUUUUAAACUGAAAUCAAAGUCUUCUGUUCAAGAUGAGUUAGCAGAGAGUGAUGCAGAGGAUGACAAGGAGGAUGAAAGCUCCGAAUCUUAAUAAAAAAUAAUAUGUAUUUUUUACUACUUAGUAAGAAUUUAACAGUUGAUUUCUGUAACGUUAUUUUAUGUGUUUUUUUAUAAUAAACGAUAACUUUU